GUGAAGAUCUGGUUUCAAAAUCGUCGCUCAAAGCAGAAGAAGUCGAAAGGCAGUGUGGAACGGACGUCGGAUGAAGAAGGCGAAUCCGAGGAUCGAGCCGAUUCAACUCCACCCGAAGAAGGCGGCUCCAACAACACCGUGACGGACUGGCAGCAUAUGACUGGUUUGGCGCCUGCCAGCUUACCCUCAGCAGGACUUCCGCCGACUGGUCUUGGUCCUUCCAACCUGCCAUCGACGGUUCUACCACCGCAGUCUCAGCAAACUGCCGUACCGCCAUCGGGUUUAAUGCCACCGCCGUUGAACACCCCUCUAUCCACUUAUGACCCACUCAAGUACUCCUCGAGCGAUGAGCUUAAGCCAUUCUAUGAUCAAUCCGCCUAUUACCAACCGUAUAUUCUCCCACAUUCAGGGUACAAUGGUUACUAG